CUUGGCGUUUGCGCAUGUGCGCGGCUUUCCUGCGUGUUCGCGUGCUGCCGGGUCGGGCUGAGGGCGGGCAGCGGCAGGGACCUCCGGGGGGAGGUCUCCUCCCCCUCACGCGCCAUGACGGCGAACGAAGACCAGGAGAUGGAACUAGAAGCUUUACGUUCUAUUUACGAAGGAGAUGAGCGUUUUAGAGAACUUAGUCCUGUUUCCUUUCAGUACAGGAUAGGUGAAAAUGGAGAUCCUAAAGCCUUCCUAAUAGAAAUUUCCUGGCCAGAAACAUACCCACAGAUGGCUCCAGUCAUAUCCAUGGAUGCUUUCUUCAACAACACAAUAUCUUCAUCUAUAAAGCAAAGCAUAUUGGAUAAAUUAAUGACAGAAGUGGAAGUUAAUCUUGGAACUGCCAUGACGUAUACACUUUUUGAAUAUGCCAAAGAUAAUAAAGAAUUGCUUAUGGAAAAUCAACCUGCUUAUGUUGCACCUUCAGGGGGCAAUAAUAUUUCAGUAGGAACUCCUGACGUAGUCUCAUCAAGUAAGAAAAAAGACAAAAAGGAACAGUUGUCCAAAACCCAGAAACGAAAGCUGGCAGAUAAAACAGAUCACAGAGGAGAGCUUCCUCGAGGAUGGAACUGGGUGGAUGUUGUUAAGGUAACGUGACUGUUACAACUGUGAAAGUACUGCAUAUGCACAAUGGUUUUAUGCAUAUGUAACUACAAAUUAUAUUUAAUCUGUCUUUUUGUUUUCUUCCUAACAAUGUUUGGAUUUGACUGUGGUCUCUGAUUCAUUUCUAUAUACUUCCAGCAUUUAAGCAAAACUGGUUCUAAAGAUGAUGAAUAAAGGACUUUGAUACAAGAAAACUCCACCUUUUUAAUACAGUGCAAUUUUGGGUCAGCAUCUUUUUCUUAGUAAUUUUCUUGUUGAAGUAAAAUAUUUUAUAAAGGACAGUUUCCUAACUAGUAAACCUGGCCACAUGUGUUUAUCCAGGUUAUUCUGGUUUUUCAUUUUUCUUCACAAAUAAAAUCUUGCCUUAAAAGAAGGUAAUAGUAUGACAGUAUAUUGAACUUUAGAGAACUUAUUUGGUUUCUGUCUAUAGCAGAGAAGAAUAGGGAUAUAUGCAGUGUUAAUUUAUAUUUUACUAUUUAGUAAAAUAUAGUGAAGUCCUGUUAUAGUGAAUCCUUUGACAUUGUAAGCAUUUCCUGACAUUCUUAUUCCAAUGGAAGACAAACACUAUAACAGUGAUUAAUCACUUGACAGCAUAAUUAUUAAAAAUAAACUGUUCACUCUAAAUAAAACUGUUGUUGUUUGUUUCCCUAAUUACAAAUGUAGAACAACAAUAAAACAUGAUUAUGCUGCUAAAGAUUUGUCUGGGCUAAAAUAUGUAGUCCUGUUUUAACUGAACUGCCACAAUUGCAAAUGCUAGUUAAAACAAGAUUGCAUGUCUGAGCUAUACAAUUUCAAAGUAGAAGAUAAUGAGCAGUUUUUAUACCAGUAUGUAUUCUUUGUUCUGUGCAGUAUACUAUCUGUUUUAGUCUUUCUCCCAUGUGCAUCUUUACGGAAGGCCUGGGGGUUUGAAGGAGAAAAAGUUGCUCUCCUUUUGAUAAUGAAUUGCUGUGCUGAUCUGUUCUAAUGGGUUUCUAUUUUCUUCCAUUGGGGAAACGGGUUCACCAUGCAGGUUUGUUCUCAGAAUUAUGGAAUGCUGGGGAAAAUGUCACCCCCCCCCUCCCCCCCCCCCCCCCGCUAAAUCUGUUGGAAAACAUUUUUGUACAGUCUGCUGUCUUGUAUCAAAAAAGAAAGAAAAAUCCUCUUACUGUGUAAACAGUAAUUGAGUAGAAGAUGCCUUAAUGUCAUUAAAUUUUGUUUUGAGAUUGACUUUAAUAAAUACCUAUUUAUCUGC